AUGGCCGAUCUGCUUCUCGGUACAUCCCCGAUACGCCCGAUACACAGCAGCAGCAACUCUCCGACAUCACCCAAGCGACCAAAGAGCUCGUCGUCUUCUCAGCCUCUGCCGUAUGUCGACCGGACGCUCCUGAGGACCGUCUCCAAGACGGUCAAGGGGGCGGCCAACCUCUUGCGAUCUUGGAAAGAUGGCAUGAGUAACGAUGAGAGGGAGCAGGCGAGGCUGGUCGAGGAAAGGAAAAAGAUACUCUACGUGCGCAUGAAGAGUGCUGAAACAUUGAAACAAUGGCAAGCUGCGGCGCAGGAACUCGACGCUCUCGAAGGCAACGAUGAUUGGAAACAGGAUCCAGAUAGCGGAGACUACAACCCCAAGCUCAUUGAGGAGCGACUUCGAGCGCUCGACGAGGCCCGAGAGAGCCACGAUAUCCGCACCAUGAUGCACCUCAUCCGAACCUCCCUGUCACGCGAUCUCGGCGGGAUGGGAAACGUCGAUCUCUACCGACAUUCUUACCUUGGCACAAAGACGUUGAUCGAACGCUACGUCGAAUCGACAAUCGAAACCAUAGAUGCCGCCAUUGUCCACAAUGCGACGGACCAGGGCAUCGCACACAAGGAUCUGCUCGAGGGCAUGUUGCUUGCGCGCCAGAGCUUUGGGCGAAGUGCUCUGUUAUUAUCUGGGGGCGGGACGUUUGGCAUGGCGCACGUCGGCGUCCUCAAAUCUUUAUUUGAAAACCAACUUCUUCCCAGGAUUAUAUCUGGCGCCAGCGCUGGGAGCAUCGUCUGCGCCGUCAUGUGUACGAGAACGGACGAAGAGCUUCCACAGCUAAUCAAAGAGUUCCCAUAUGGAGAUUUGGCUGUUUUCGAAGCUCAAGAUAACCAAGAUGGCCUCCUGGACCACUUUCGCCGCCUAUUGACGGAAGGCUGCUGGUCAGACAUUGCCCACCUUAGGAGAGUCAUGAGGGGAAUGAUGGGCGACAUUACGUUCCAAGAGGCGUACAAUCGCACACGCCGCAUCCUCAACAUCUGUGUCUCCAGCGCAUCUGUAUACGAGCUGCCGCGGCUACUCAACUACGUCACUUCGCCCAAUGUCAUGAUCUGGUCUGCCGUGGCAGCAUCUUGCUCGGUGCCUCUCAUCUUUAACGCAUCGCCAUUGCUCGUCAAAGACCCCAUUACAGGUGAGCACCGUCAGUGGAAUCCGACGCCACAAAGGUUUAUUGAUGGCUCGGUGGACAACGAUCUUCCCAUGACACGUCUCGCGGAAAUGUUCAACGUCAAUCACUUCAUCGUAUCUCAAGUGAAUCCUCACGUCACUCCGUUUCUCUCCAAGGAUGAUCACCUAUCACCCGAAAACAAGCCUGCCAUCAAGAGUGCCAGUACUGGCGAUGACACGGACUGGCUAUAUACGUGCACGUCGCUGGCCAGAGACGAGGCUCUCCAUCGAUUACAGUUCAUGGCCGAGAUGGGCUUUUUCCCAACCAUGAUGACAAAGUUCCGAAGUGUCCUCAGUCAAAAGUACUCUGGGAAUAUCAACAUUCUCCCCGACAUGUCGCUCGACAACCUUCCGGUGCUUCUUAGCAACCCCUCUGUUGAUUUCAUGUUAAAGUGUUGUCUUGCUGGUGAAAGAGCAACUUGGCCAAAGCUUUCCAGGAUACGUGACAGCUGUGCCAUAGAGCUGGCGCUAGAUCGCGCAGUGCACCGACUUCGGACAAGAGUCGUCUUUUCAGAGAGCCAGAGUAAUCUGAGAAGUCUUGUUUCAUACAUGGGUAGCCUGCGGCAGCAUAAGCAUGACCAGGCAUUCGAUCAGCCCAAUCUUGGAUUGCCGGUUGCCAGCCAUGGCCAGAAGCGUCAGCGGCGACGUUCUGGUGGCAGCCUUCGCAUGCUGCCAGGAGCUGGGCUGGCUCUGGAAAGUGACAUUACAGACUCGGAUACAGCUGAAGAGGAGCGCCUUGAGAUUGCCUCGAGAGGCCGAGGAUUCUUGGCUCCUAAUCCUCUUCGCAAGCCGCAGUUGAAAAGGUCAAGUAUGAGUCAAACCCAUGUGCCUCAGCUCGCUGCCGCUCAAUCUCGCUCCCAGCCAAAUCCAAUAUUCAGCUUUUCCAAGCCCUUGACUCCUCCACAAAGCGUGAAUGGAGAACUGGAUACUGCUAAAUCCGCAAAUCACGUUCCUCUCAAACCAAGGGAGCCGGUACCAUUUGACGACAGCAGGGGUGACCUGGCAGUACCAUUGUUGGGCACUGUGAUAUCUCCAGUCGAUGAAAUGGAGACGAGCGAACCAAACCACACAAGCGACACAGAGGUGGAGUUGGUGACGGAAGAAAGUGAUCCAGAU